CGUUCUGUGUGCACAAACUGACGGCCUGCGGGCUGAAAUCAGGACAGACAUCCGUGUUUGUCACGUUGUUUCAGGACCUUGUACGGUUCGGGAAAACAAAACAAACCUUGAAGAGGAGCGAUUGGCUGCGAGUGUUGGACGUCCCGAAGCGCUGGUUCUGGCAUUUUUAUCUGGUCUCUGUCUGCUGGAACAGUUUCCUCCUGGUCUUAAACCUGUCCUCCACCUGUCCCCCAUGGCUGAACUGGACUAUAAUGGUUCUGACAGGUGUCCCAAGACCUGCCAGCAAAGGAGGCUGCUGGAGUGCUGCUGCGUCAGUGUCUUCUCUGACGGGGUCCUGCAUGUGGUCCAGUAUGUCUUUGGUCUGGCUUACUACGUGGUCCUGGGUCUGACGGUGCUCUGCACAGACCCCACAGCUGAAGGUCCUGGUCCUCUCCUGUCUCAGCUGGACUGGAUUCAGGGUGCUGGACUUGUCCUUUUUGUUGGGGCCUCCCUGCUGCAGCAUCAGUCCAUGGUUCUGCUGGCCCGGCUUCGCACCGGAAACACAGGCAGAGUGGAGACGUUGGCCCACAGGAUGCCAGAGGGGGGCUGCUUCCAGCUGGUCUCAUGCCCACAUUACUUUGCAGAGCUGCUGAUCUACGUCUCACUUAGCUUGGUCUUUGGUGGCCUCUCUUUGACCUGGUGGCUUGUGGUCCUUUAUGUGCUGUUCAACCAGGCUCUGGCAGGGCAGCUGAGCCAUGAGCUGUACAUCAGCAGGUACAAGUCCUACCCAAAGUGUAGAAGAGCCUUCAUACCUUAUGUGUUCUGAGUCUUUUUACUGUAUUUAGUGGUAAUUAUCAGGAUCCGUUAAAAAAAAAAAAAUAAAAGUUUUCGGCCUUAACAAGAUGAUUUUGACCAAAUGAAGCUCGCUUCUCAAGAAAACCACUGAAAAUUUUCAAAGCUCCUGGUGAGAUGUGAAUUAUUUGUCAGACUGAUUUAUAAAGACAUAAGAGAUGUCACUUUUCUUUAUACAUGUUUUUGUCAUAAGUACUUUUAAGAUAUGACUGUUUUCACUACUGUGUCUUGUGUAGUGUAAUUAUUAAUAUGAUUGAAAUAAAGUGAUUCCAGUUUAA